UCACUGGACUCACCGAGUUCUUUCUCUGGUUUGUUUUGUGCGUCAUUAUGAAGGCGACAGUGUUUCUUUGUUUUUCUAUGUUAAGUUGUGUUUUCUUAUUAGUGGAAGGAAAAUCAAUCAAGGCAAAUCACGACGAAAGGAAAGAGGCCGAUGCCAAUAAAUGCACUUGUGAAAUUCCAGCAAAAGAGGAACAAAAUAUCGACGGAAAGUGUGAUUGCUCGCAAGGAGACGCAAAAAAGUGUCUGAGAGACAAAGGAAAAUGUAACUGUGACUCUUCAAGCGCAACGAUAAAGAAUUGCAGGCCAGAGGAUUGCAAAUGCAAGAACCAAAAAGAUGCAGAAAGUGGCAGUAUUCAGACAAACAUCACAAGGCGAUGUGAUUGCAAAUGCAACUCUCGUUCAAAUACAGGACACUCAACUGUAGCAGCGCAAGUGUCAGAUAACCCGGGUAUCUUGGCUGUUGCACCAAUAAUGGCGCAAGCCGAUGGAAGUCAAGCGGUAAGAAAGGGAAAAGGGUCCAAGAAAUGCUGUUGCUGUGACUGCUGCCACGACUGUUGCUGCCACGACUGUUGCUGCCACUGCUGCGAACCAUGCUGCUGUUGCUGCCACUGCUGCGAACCAUGUUGUUGCUGUUGCCACGAGUGCUGCUGCCCAUGCUGCUGCCACUGCUGCCACUGCUGUCCCUGCUGCUGCCAUUGUUGCUGUAAGAAGUCAAAUGCCUCAGAGAGGACGCCUGCUGUUGUCAAUCCGCAGAUCGCUGCUGCACACUCCAAGCCACAACAUCACUAAGAGAUGGUCAUUUAAGUCUACCGAUUAUUAGUAACAAAAUAUCAAAAAACAAACCUCCUUAAGUGCCACAAUAUCGUCAUAAAAUUGUAUAUAUGAUCAUGUG